AUGGAGAUUUGGAUGAGUGGGGAUAGAGAUGGAGAUGGAGAUGGAGAUGGAGAUGGAGAUGGAGAUGGAGAUGGAGAUGGAGAUGGAGAUGGGUUGAUGGGGGAGAAGGGGAAAAAGAGAAGGGAAAAAAAGAGAAGGAGGAGGAGAGACGUGAGAUGUAAGCGCAUAUCCAUGCUUAUGGAUGUUGGUAUCGAUGUCGGUAUCGGUGUCUAG